AACUCAAUUCCCUGCCGUUAGCUUUUCGAAUUCAUUCCAACAAAAGUGCAUUGCGUAUAGAUUUUAAUUUCAACCAAGGUAAAAAACAAAUUCGGUGCGCCUUAACCAUGGCAGAACGUAAGGAAAAGAAGAGGAAACAUAGCGAGGAUACUGGCCCGCGACCGAAGAAGAAAGUAGCGAUUCAAACUCCCUCUCAAACCAAACCAUCAAAUAUCAUCAAAGUCUCUUCCAUUCAGACAGCGAAAAGCUAUCCUCCAGUAAUAGCAACUUCUCCUGGCCUCUGUGUUCCCGAUUCGAUCAAAUUUCAGACGUAUACAGCACCACAACCUACGGGUUCCAAACGAAGCAAAAAGACAGAUGCGCACACACCCAGCCUCCUUCUACAUUCAUCCUCGCAUAGCAAAUUGGACUAUACGGCAAAAGAAGAUGGACCUGGUGGUAGAGAGUCGCAUCUUAAGCACUAUAUAGGGGUUUUCGAUCCCAAGACGGGCCAGCUGGCAGUCGUAGAGGCCAAGAAGAUGGCAGUCAGGGGUGUAGUUCGAUCACAGAAACCUCCAGAGGAAGAAGUGGAAGAGACACAAGCCUCCAAGACGAUGAUGGAACUUCGGAACAAUCUUGGCGAGGCGUUCGGAACGAAGAAAGCGAAGAAGGCUCUUGCCGCAAUUACUGAGAACGCCAUUACCCCAGAACAAGCCAUUUCUGACGCGAGCGGAAAUGCGCAAAAGCUCAGCACAUCUUCUCUGGCGCUUAUGGACUCUAUUAACGAUGUCACCAUGGGAAUGGCAUCUAAGGAGGAUCUCCAAGCAGUCGCCGACGCAGCGAAGCCAGUUCCGCCUGGAAAUUUCGAUGCCCAAGAGAUACAGGAUGUGUACACGAUCGAAGAAUUGAUCGGAGGCGAAAUAUUGAAUGCCAUUCCGAUCAGAGAUUGGCAAGAACAGCUUAAAAAGGGAGAAAACUCGACAAUACCGACCAAGUUCAUUGCCAACCGAUUCCAGCCCAUUGGAGAAGGACCAAAUCCAGUUCACAGACUCCGAGCUCUUCGAUAUCUGGAUUUCCUUAUCAAAUUUGUCAGGAGUGCUAGACCAGGAAAGGAGAGAGGCACAAAACGAAUCCCGCCUAAAGAUAAGCUUCGGGAGAUAUUAAAGCCUGCGCCAGAACCCGUCAUUGAGAAUAUCAGGCGGAAGUUCUCAUCUAAUGCUGAAAUGAGGAAGUCCCAUACGGAUUUGGUGUACACUUACUGUUGUGCUCUUGCGGCAAUAUUGUCGAACUACAGCUUCGAUACAAGCUCUAUCAGAUAUGACUUGGGUCUGGACGAGAAGCAAUUCGGACAGUACUUCCGCGAAAUCGGUGGUAAAGUCAAAACCGCAAAGGGUGCAGAGAAAGGCACGCAUGUGCAAGUGGCACAAUUGGCUCUUCCACUGGAAUUCCCUAAGGUCAGAUAUCAGCGUCCGAAAGGCCGUUAAUCAAUUACUAUGUUGCGGAGAAACGUAGCACAGCAGUUUUCACGCAUUGCCAGCGAAUUUUAGAGCCUUGAGAAGCAGAUGAUGGAUAGGUGAUGGUCUUAACUACCUAACCUAGUAAUUUCAGCAAAACUUUAUUCGUCCUGUUCGUGAUUUUUCCAAGCAUAUCCUCAUCGAUCUAUUGUAAAUUAUUACGCCCCUAACUGAUACGCCUCCGACCAAGAAAACCUAAUUAAAUUACCUAUUAGGUAAAUAUACCGCCAGUUACGGAUCCGUACACCAAUUAUGGGUUAGUUGAGCUGGGCCGGUCUACCGGGAAGGGCCCGGUCCCUUGCCAUCACCUAACCGGAGCCGGGCCUAUAACUGCGAAAAGAGAGGCAUUUUCAGUAGCCAAGUCUACCUAGCUGCAAGGGUUAUAACGAGAAUUUGAAGUGUCUUAUUUUUUCAGGAGCAAUUGAUAGUGACACAAUCAACCCUUGUUAUGGUGCAAUAGAUAAGGUUGCAGCAGCCAGUCUUCGUCCGUCUACAUGACGUGAUCGCAAAUGUGAAUUUCAAGUACUACGUCGGAGUGAUGCUUCGGCCGUCGAACCGGUCGGCCAUAUAAAUUGCUUUAA